CCGCCCCGCGGCUCUCCCGGAAGGAGCGGGGGGCUGCCUGCCCGGAGGCUGCACAUGGGUCCCGAGCGCGGCAGCCGCCCCGGGAGGCAGCUGGGCCCCCAGCGCCGCGGAGCCGGUGGCUUCGCCGGGGCGCUGGGCGCUGUCGUGGCUGCCGCGUACGCGGCCACGCUGCCGCCGUCCGUGCCCGGGGGAGACUCGGGUCUGUUUGGGUUCUUGGGAAGGGCAGGCUCAGGCUCACCCCUCAAUCCAGUGGGGAGAGCGAGAGACCCAGAGGACAAUGAAGUUCUGGGGGCAACUAGUGCAAAACCAGGAAGCAAAACCAGGGGAGCUGAUCACAGCCGCAUAUGAGCUUGGAGUUGCCCAUCCUCCUGGUUACCCUUUGUUCACUCUGCUGGCCAAACUGGUGAUUGGUCUAUUCCCUUUUGGUUCCGUUGCCUACCGAGUAAAUCUUUUCUGUGGCUUAUUGGGAGCAGCUGCAGCAUCUUUGCUUUAUUACACAGUUUUCAGGCUUUCUGGCUCAUAUGCUGGAGGAAUCCUUGCUGCGGGGGUGUUUUCAUUUUCUCGUCUAACAUGGCAGUGGUCCAUCACAGCAGAGGUUUUUAGCUUAAACAAUCUGUUUGUGGGGCUGCUGAUGGCGCUCACUGUGCAUUUUGAGGAGGCAGCCACAGCGAAGGAGAGAUCAAAGAUAUCGAAAGUUGGUGCCUUUUGCUGUGGGCUUAGUUUGUGCAAUCAGCACACCAUAGUGCUUUAUGUGUUGUGCAUUGUACUAUGGGUUCUGUUCCAACUUUUCAAAGGGAAGGAAUUGUCCUUUGGCCAUUUGAUGAAGUUGGGCUUAUGCUUCUUGGCUGGUUUGCUGCCUUAUCUCUAUCUGCCUGCCUCGUCCUACCUAAAUCAAGCACGUUGGACCUGGGGAGACCAGACGACUUUUCAAGGAUUUUUGACCCACUUUCUCAGGGAAGAAUAUGGGACAUUCAGUCUGGCCAAAUCGGAGACAGGAUCCACUAUGAGAGAGAUGUUGCUUUCGCAGGUAACACACAUGAAAACAGAACUUUCCUUUACUGUCCCAGCCCUUGCGAUUGUGGCGUGGCUACGUACAGCAAUGCGGGCUAAGCAGGAGAAGUCAUCAAUGAUAUGCCUAUUUACUGGAAUGCUCUGCAUUUAUUCGUUAUUCUUUGCUUGGAGGGCAAAUUUGGAUAUUACAAAACCACUUUUUAUGGGUGUGGUGGAACGAUUUUGGAUGCAGAGCAAUGCAGUGGUUGCUGUUCUAGCGGGACUAGGACUGGCCUCUCUUGUCUCCGUCGGAAAUACAGUGCUUGAGAACAACCGUGUGCUGCAGUGCGUGGAGUGGCUUUCCGCCGCUGCUCUUGUUGCUAGUCAAAUGUAUGCCAAUUACAGCAUUUGUGACCAAAGCCGCAAUUACGUUGUCGAUAAAUUUGCAAGGAACCUUUUGUCCUCCAUGCCACCUGAUGCAAUAAUCUUGCUCAGAGGAGACCUGCCAGGGAAUUCUCUUCGUUACCUUCAUUAUUGUGAGGGAAUGAGGCCUGAUGUCACAUUAGUGGAUCAAGAGAUGAUGACUUAUGAGUGGUAUUUACCAAAGAUGUCUAAGCAUUUGCCAGGAAUCUCUUUUCCUGGGAGGCGGUGGAAUCCUGUGGAAGGAAUAUUACCCGACGGAGCGCUCACGUUUAAUCUCCAUCAUUUUCUCAAAGUAAAUAAACAUAAGGAAGCAUUUGCCUGCAUAGGACUUAACGAAGGGGACUCAACUUGGAGAAAAAGCCAUUCACUUUGGCCAUGGGGUUCCUGUGACAAAUUGGUUUCUUCAGGAAUGGUUUUUAACCCAGGAGAGUGGAUACAUCUGACAAGGAACAUCUAUAACUGGACUGAAGACUAUGGAAGGUUUGAUCCAUCUUCCUGGGAAGCUGUAGCAAAUGAAGAGAUGUGGCAAGCCAGGAUGAAAACAGCCUUCUUUAUUUUUGACCUUGCAGAAACUGCUAGCGUGUCUGCAGAUAUAAAAUCCCAACUUUAUACAUUUGCAUACAAUUCGUACAAGGAAAUCAUCAAUUCACAUAAAAAACAUCCAGUCAAUUGGCAUAAAAACUAUGCAAUAGCUUGCGAAAGGAUGCUGCGUCUGCAUAAGGUGGAUGUGGACCCUGAAGUGUUGUUAUCUGAAACUGUUAAACAUUUCCUCCUCUAUACGGCGAAAGCAGAGGAUGAUCCCCAACGAGCCGAUAUUUUGCAGGCUGUAAAACACCUGAAGAAAGAGCUGCAGGGGCUGAGAAAAAUGAAAAAAGAUCUGAAGCAGCUGGCUGUAUAGAACCCGUUUGUGGACCUGCUUUCUGAAGUGUUAAAAUUCUGAAGUCGGGAGGUAAAAUUUAAUCUGUUAGUUAACAACAUGAGAAAGUUUUUUAAAUAUGACAGACGUGAUAGCAGAAGGAAAUCAAGUGGCCUCCUGGAUGGAAAUGUAGCACUGUUCUUUCUUUUGGUUGUCGCCAGAUGAAGAGUGCUGGUAGCCAGCGCGCCUUUCACAUUGAUUUGUGUAGAAAAAAAUUUGUUACCAAAUUAAGCACUGUGUUUAAAAAAAAAAAAAAAAAGAGGAAAUCCAAAAUACUGUGCUUGCAAAUACGUCCAUUGAUUUUAUUUGAUAUGUAUAAUUACUUCAUAAAUAUAUGAAAUUCAUUUCCUACUAAAAGUUCUUUCUGUUGUCGAGUUCCAGCUGUGUAAAAUAUCUCUAUUUUGUAUAUCUUUGUGCACAGUAUUAUACACUACCAUUAGAGAAAGAGUGAGUGUGGGUGUGUGUGGGUGUCUGGGAUAUAGGAUCAUUAUUCAUAGUGGGUGAAGCCAUGAUGGAGUUACACAAGUUAUCCAGAAAGAGUGCUGGUUAAACCUUUAUACCUCACUACUCUCUCACACAUCCUGUAGAUGUCACAGAUGCUACAAAAAAUAGUUUUAGGAAUGUUUUAGAGCAUUUUAUCUGAACUAUUUUUCGUCUUUCCUAUGGAGCCAAGUGAGUUGGUUACCAUGAAUCGAACUGUGUCAGGCUCAAGGGACCAAUAAAAUUGUCUAAAAAUGACCUAA